ACAUAAAAAACAGUAGUAAAAUGCUACAAUUUGGGCUUUGAAUAAAAUAUUAUCCUUGUUUUGUUCCUCCUCUUCCCCAUCAGAAACACAACAAAGAUCAAUCAAUCCUCCCACUCCAAUUUCUGCAAAUUCAAAACUCACUGAUUUAUUUCGCAUCUCUGGGUUUCCUCAGAUUGCUCCAACAUUACCGAUCUUCUUCAGAGCUCCUUCUCGUCUAGUGUGAACAACGUGAUAAUGGGUAGUAGCGAGGUGGACAAAUCUGGUGAAGAGAACGAACCCAAGACCCCUCCACCACCUUCUUCUGCUCCUGUUACUUCACAAGAACCUUCUUCUGCUGUGGCUACUCCUGAUUGGUCUGGUUUCCAGGCUUAUUCUCCUAUGCCGCCGCCUCAUGGUUAUGUAGCAUCAAGUCCCCAACCUCACCCUUAUAUGUGGGGUGUUCAGCAUAUGAUGCCUCCUUAUGGAACACCGCCUCAUCCAUAUGUGGCGAUGUAUCCCCCAGGUGGCAUGUACGCUCACCCUUCAUUACCUCCGGGAUCUUAUCCAUAUAGUCCCUAUGCAAUGCCUUCUCCUAAUGGAAUGGCUGAAGCUUCAGGAAAUACUGGAAGCGGUGUGGAAGGUGAUGGUAAACAAGCUGAGGCGAAGGAGAAGUUACCAAUCAAAAGAUCAAAAGGAAGCUUGGGAAGUUUGAAUAUGAUUAUAGGAAAGAAGAAUGAGGCUGGAAAAAACUCAGGAGCAUCAGCUAAUGGAGCUUGUUCUAAAAGUGCUGAGAGCGGUUCUGAUGGUACAAGUGAAGGAAGUGAUGCAAAUUCACAAAAUGACUCUGGAUCUAGACACAACGGGAAGGAUGGUGAAACAGCUUCAGAUUCUGCUCAGGGACCACCUCGUAAUGGAAGUAAUCAACCGGUGAACCAAAUUGUCCCAGUCACGCCAGUGUCGGCUACAGGUGUCCCAGCUCCACCAACAAAUCUAAACAUGGGAAUGGAUUACUGGAGCGGUCAUGGGACAACAGUUCCUGGAGUUGUAGUAGAUGGUUCCCAAUCACAAACAUGGGUGCAGGACGAGAGAGAGCUUAAGCGACAGAGACGGAAGGAAUCAAAUAGGGAGUCUGCUCGUAGAUCUAGGCUGCGUAAACAGGCGGAAUGUGACGAGUUAGCGCAACGAGCAGAUGUGUUGAAUGGAGAAAACGCAAGUCUUAGAGAAGAAAUUAACAAGCUUAGAAGCCAACACGAAGAGCUUGUUGCUGAAAAUAGUGCUCUCAAGAAUCGAUUUUCGACAGUCCGGUCACUGGAAGGUGUAAACUUGGAUGGCAAGGAGCAAGAGCCGGAGACAAGCACACGUCAGGAUGUUGCAGAGACCACUCGUGGUUCCUACAACAACUCAGCCUGACUCGAGAACAUCAGCUAACAGUUUCAUGUAAUUUUAGGGACCAGAGUUUGUUUUCUUAGUGUUUUGCGUAUUGGUGCGUUUUAAUUAAGCAGAGGACAAAAUUGAGAGCGUCACCCAGAAGAGGAGAAAACAUAUCAUUUAUAAGAGAAACCUCUAAGCAACGUUAAUAUCCA